AUGGAUAAUUUUGAAAGUAAUGUUGAAGAAAGCUUAACUGCAGGAAACAUUCGAGUGUAUGAACUACGAAAAAGAAACUUUCAAAGAAAUUUGGUAAAUAACUUGAGCUUUUUCGGGUAUGUUCUGAUAUCUUUGGAAUAUAUAAAGUAUGACCGUACCGUCUGGACCCUCUUAACCAGGGCAAUAGUGCAAUCUCUCAUAAGUUCCCCCUUUCCAAGUGAUGCAAAAUUACGAAGGCUUGCGACUGUUGGUGCAGAUAAUAAUAAUAAUACAACUGGGGGUACAACGUUUCCAGGUGGCAGAUCAAUCAGGCUUCCUGGAAUGUUUGGGAGAGAAAUGCUUGAUAAUCCUUCUAGUCAAACUGAACAAGACUAUGACGAUGCCGCUAUUGUAUCUAUAAAAAAGCAAAUUCGGAAGUUUUUAUUCCAUGGUUGCUUAUCAUUGAAUAUGCUCUUUAUUCUUUUAACUGUCUUAUUUCCAAUCGAUUUCAUGGAACCAUUGAGUGGUAACGCGCCAAUGAAUGAUGGUCCUAAAAAUACUCCCUCACCUUUUUCUAAUUCAAAUGGCCUACUAUUGGGUGAGAGAAGAGGUGGACUUUUCUUACAGAUGAUCGGAGAACGAUUGCCAAGAAGUAACUUUUCCGGGAAUUUGGGGCUGGUGGUGAUCGAAUUUAGCAUCCUUGUAGUACAGUUCACAUUAUUUUCAUUGACAUGUGUUGUUUUGGCAGAUUUGGAUUUCCAAGAUCCGGAAAGACUAGAAUCUGUAAAAAGCGAUGGCUAUGAUGGUUCCGUACUAGUUGCACGAAUACCUUUAAACAAAACUUUGAAUACCGUUUUAAGCGGUGGCGAUACCAAUGAUAUUGAUGAGAACACAAGCAACCCUGUUUAA